AGACCGAAGGGAAGGCUCAGGUAGGAAAAGAACAGAGGAGAGAAGCCUGGUGCGAAGGAGGGGUCCUACAGGAUCAGGGGUCAGAGUUAGGGGGCUUCCCCUUUGCUGCACCCUCACCCUAGGGCCGCCAACUUCCUGCCGCGGCGGCGACUUUCAGUUUCAUUUCCACGGACCCUCCUGCCUGGGCCGCAGCCGCCGCCGCGAUGCCCAGUAAGUUCAGCUGCCGGCAGCUCCGGGAGACGGGCCAGUGCUUCGAGAAUUUCCUGGCCGUUCGAGGACUGGACAUGGAGACAGAUCGCGAGAGGCUGAGGACCAUUUAUAACCAGGACUUCAAAACCAGCUUUGGGACCCCCGCCCCUGGCUUCUCCUCCAUGCUGUAUGGAAUGAAGAUCGCAAGUCUGGCCUACGUCACCAAAACUCGGGUCAGAUUCUUCAGACUCGACCGCUGGGCCGACGUGUGGUUCCCAGAAAAGAGGAAAGUGAAGCUGGGGUCAGAUAUCAGCAAACACCACAAGUCACUGCUGGCUGAGAUCUUUUAUGACAGGGCUGAGUAUCUUCACGGGAAGCAUGGGGUGGACGUGGAAGUCCAGGGGCCCCAUGAAGCCCGCGAUGGGCAGCUCCUUAUCCGCCUGGAUUUGAACCGUAAGGAGGUGCUGACCCUGAAGCUUCGGAAUGGAGGAACCCAGCCUGUCACCCUCACCCACCUCUUCCCACUCUGCCGGACCCCCCAGUUUGCCUUCUACAAUGGAGACCAGGAGCUGCCCUGCCCCCUGGGCCCCGGUGAAUGCUAUGAGCUCCAUGUCCACUGUAAGACCAGCUUUGUGGGCUACUUCCCAGCCACGGUGCUCUGGGAGCUGCUGGGACCCGGGGAGCCAGGUUCAGAAGGAGCUGGCACUUUCUACAUUGCUCGCUUCUUGGCUGCCGUCGCCCACAGUCCCCUGGCAGCACAGCUGAAACCCACGACUCCCUUCAAGCGGACCCAGAUCACUAGAAACCCUGUAGUGACCAGCCGGAUAGAGGAAGGAGAGAGACCCGACCGUGCUAAGAGCUAUGACCUGGAGUUAAGUAUGGCACUGGGGACGUACUACCCACCCCCCCGCCUCCGGCAGCUGCUCCCCAUCCUUCUUCGGGGAACAAGUAUCUUCACUGCCCCAAAGGAGAUUGCUGAGAUCAAGGCCCAGCUGGAGACAACCCUGAAGUGGAGGAAUUACGAGGUUAAGCUGCGGCUGCUGCUGCACCUGGAGGAGCUGCAGAUGGAGCAUGAUAUCCGGCACUAUGAUCUGGAGUCGGUGCCCAUGACCUGGGACCCUGUAGACCAGAACCCCGGGCUGCUCACGCUGGAGGUUCCCGGGGUGGCUGAGAGCCGCCCCUCCGUGCUGCGGGGUGACCACCUGUUUGCCCUGUUGUCCUCCGAGACACAUCAUGAGGAUCCCGUCACCUACAAGGGCUUUGUGCACAAGGUGGAACUGGACCGUGUGAAGCUGAGCUUUUCCACGAGCCUCCUGAGCCGCUUUGUGGAUGGGCUGACCUUCAAGGUGAACUUCACCUUCAACCGCCAGCCCCUGCGAGUGCAGCACCGCGCCCUGGAGCUGACAGGGCGCUGGCUGCUGUGGCCCAUGCUCUUCCCUGUGGCCGCCCGAGGGGUCCCGCUGCUGCCCUCAGAUGUGAAGCUCAAGCUGUAUGACCGGAGUCUGGAGUCAAACCCCGAGCAGCUGCAGGCCAUGAAGCACAUUGUUAUGGGCACCACCCGUCCUGCCCCCUACAUCAUCUUUGGGCCUCCGGGCACUGGCAAGACUGUCACCUUAGUGGAAGCCAUCAAGCAGGUGGUGAAGCACUUGCCCAAAGCCCACAUCCUGGCCUGCGCACCGUCCAACUCAGGGGCGGACCUCCUCUGCCAGCGGCUCCGGGUCCACCUGCCCAGCUCCAUCUACCGCCUCCUGGCCCCCAGCAGGGACAUCCGCAUGGUGCCUGAGGACAUCAAGCCCUGCUGUAACUGGGAUGCAAAGAAGGGGGAUUACGUGUUUCCCUCCAAGAAGAAGCUGCAGGAAUAUCGUGUCUUAAUUACCACUCUCAUCACUGCCAGCAGGUUGGUCUCGGCCCAGUUUCCCAUUGAUCACUUCACACACAUCUUCAUCGAUGAGGCUGGCCACUCCAUGGAGCCAGAGAGCCUGGUGGCCAUAGCAGGGCUGAUGGAAGUCAAGGAAGCAGAUAAUCCAGGAGGGCAGCUGGUGCUGGCAGGAGACCCUCGGCAACUGGGGCCAGUGCUGCGUUGCCCACUGACCCAGAAGUAUGGGCUGGGGUACUCACUGCUGGAGCGGCUGCUCACCUACAAUGCCCUGUACAAGAAGGGUCCCGAGGGCUUUAACCCCCAGUUCAUAACCAAGCUGCUUCGCAACUACAGGUCUCACCCCACCAUCCUGGACAUUCCUAACCGGCUCUAUUAUGAAGGGGAGCUGCAGGCCUGUGCGGAUGUUGUGGACCGAGAGCGCUUCUGCCGUUGGGAGGGUCUCCCUCGACAGGGCUUUCCCAUCAUCUUUCACGGCGUGAUGGGCAAGGAUGAGCGUGAGGGCAACAGCCCAUCCUUCUUCAACCCCGAAGAGGCUGCCACUGUGACUUCCUACCUGAAGCAGCUCCUGGCCCCCUCCUCCAAGAAGGGCAAAGCCCGUCUGAGCCCCCGAAGCGUGGGCGUCAUCUCCCCAUACCGGAAGCAGGUGGAAAAAAUCCGUUACUGCAUCACCAAACUUGACAAGGAGCUUCGGGGACUGGAUGACAUCAAGGACUUGAAGGUGGGCUCCGUGGAAGAGUUCCAAGGCCAGGAGCGCAGCGUCAUCCUCAUCUCCACCGUGCGGAGCAGCCAGAGCUUUGUGCAGCUGGAUCUGGACUUUAACCUGGGUUUCCUUAAGAACCCCAAGAGGUUCAAUGUGGCUGUGACCCGGGCCAAGGCUCUGCUCAUCGUGGUGGGCAACCCACUCCUCCUGGGCCACGACCCCGACUGGAAAGCAUUCCUGGAGUUCUGUAAAGAAAACGGGGGGUACACUGGGUGCCCCUUCCCUGCCAAACUGGACCUGCAGCAGGGACAGAACUUACUCCAAGGUCUAAGCAAACUCAGCCCCUCUACCUCAGGGCCCCACUGUCACGACCACCUUCCCCAGGAGCGGGAGGGUGAAGGGGGCCUGUCCCUGCAAGUGGAGCCAGAGUGGAGGAAUGAGCUCUGAGGACACAGCAGAUGGCCUUCUCACACCACCCAAGCCUUAACCACACACCUGACCCCAACCCUGAACCAGACCCCAGCUUGAACCGGACCCCAGCUGAGCCUCCCCUCCCAAGGGACAGGAAGGCUGGUGAGGGAGUUUAUAUCCCCAGCCAUUCCACCCUCUCCCCUGCUGGGGAAGAAUGACACAUCAAGCUGCUAACAAUUGGGGGAAGGUGGAUAAAGAAAAACUGAAAAUA